AUGCAGCGCAGCGCGGCGCGGCAGGGGCAGCAGGCGCUGGAGAGCCUGUGGGAGGGGCCCCAGGCGGGCCGCGACACUGGCAAGCCCGGCAGCGACUACAUACCCCUUUGGUCUGCGUGCGGCGGCCUCAAUGGCCCCAACCAGAAGGAUGAGGCGUCGCAGGUGCCUUGCGAAUCGAGGGCGACUUGCAACCGCCUGGACCGGUGGAGCUGGUACUGUCAACCCAAGCCGCGACGCCCGGGCGACCCCUCGCCGGGCCCCGACAAGCUGCCGCCGCCUGCGCCCUCGCGCCCGUCUACGCCUACGCCGGCGCCGGCGCCCCCUCUGUCGCCGCCGCCAGCACCCGCACCAGACGCGCCGGCGGCGCAGGGUGCGGUCACCAGCAACAGCAGCGGGCCAGAAUACAGCUUCCUACCCGCCGCAGGCGCCGUGGGGCGCCCGCAGGAGCCGCAGCCGCAAAAUGACACCGAGGCGCAGGCGCCAGCGACCGAGGCGCCGGCGGCGCCGGCGGCGCCGGCGGAGCCGGCGGUCGAUUUGAAGCUGGGCUUUCCGGCCAUGCCACUGGAGAACUUCACCGCCCAGUACCAGUCCGGCGCCCUGGCCACCGUCGCGGCCGCCGCCGGCGUCCCCGCGUCAAACAUCAGCGUGACGACGGUCUCCGCACCCGUGCCCGUCCCCACGCCGGCGCCCACCGCCGCCGGCCGCCGCCGCCGCCGCCGUGCGCUGCUUGCGGAGCAAUUAGUAAGCAGUGCCGCAGCCCUGGGGCCUGCAGUGUCGAAGCUCGAGGCGGCCCCGCCUGCCACGGUAGAGCCCGCGGCCGAGCAGCCAGGGACUCUCGUGGAAUACAAGAUCUCUGCGGAGUACCCGGCCGCGGCAGAGGCUGGCAUCAGGGCCGCCGCCGCCCGCGGCGGCGAGGGCUUCUACUCGGCCCUGGCGCGAAACGGCGUGCCGCUGCGGCCGAGCAUCAUCUUGAAUGGGGAGCAGCUCGCCGCAGGCUCGACUGGUUCCCUGCCGCCCGUCGACGCCGCGGCGCCCGCCGCGGCGCGGGCGCCUCCCGCGGCCGUCCGGCAGGCGGCGGAGCAGGAGCCCUCCGGCGGCGCCGCGGCGCAGCGCAAGCUGUCGUCAGGGGCGUUGGCCGGCAUCAUCGCGGGGUCUAUUGGCGGGGCACGCCGCCGCCGCCCGCCGCCGCGGUCCGCUCCGGUGGCUUGA